AUGCCUGGCCCAGGGGCAGACUUCCCCCCAAAGUGGGCUCACAGGGUUGGUCCUGGGCCGCCCACAGCCUGCUGGCAAACCAGAUCCCCACCGUCUUGGCAGCACUGGGUACAGCUGCAUUUUCAGGAGCACCCCAAAAAGCGAACGGUGGGGGCACCUCCAGAGAGGCCCUUCCAGACAGCAGGAACUGGGUCUCCAGGGCAGAGAGAGGUAGAACCAGGAAUUCUUGGUGAGCCCAGGGCAGGCGGGGGCCACGGCCCGGUGACACAUGGGUACCAGACUUGGAUCAUCCAUCCCUCCAUCUCCAUGUCCUGCCCCUCCAGAGACCCUCCCUAA